CAAAGUUCUGCAUUACAGUAAGAAAAUCAUCUCAUUUUCGAGAAAUAUGGCUCAUGCAUUCUUGCCUUACCUUGUUAUUGCCUUUCUAUUGGCUAUAGUUUCCAAUGGCCAACUUGAUUACAAUUAUUACGAUGACUCUUGCCCGAAUUUACCUAUAGUUGUUAGGAACAAUGUCUGGACAGCUUACAGGAACGACACCCGAAUUGCUGCAUCUUUGCUUCGGUUGCAUUUUCAUGAUUGUUUCGUUAAUGGCUGUGAUGGUUCUGUUCUUCUUGAUGGCACAGCUCAUUUCAAAGGAGAGAAGAAUGCAGGGCCUAACCGAAACUCAAUUAGAGGACUCGAUAUCAUUGAUAAAAUAAAAAACGAUUUAGAAAGAGAUUGUCCCUCGACGGUUUCUUGUGCUGACAUAUUAACUCUUGCAGCUAGAGAAGCUGUCAUUUCGGCAGGAGGACCUUAUUGGGAAGUUUCCUUAGGCCGCAGAGAUGGAUUAACCUCACUCAUGAAAGCAGCAAAUGCUAAUUUACCAUCGCCAUUUGAGCCUCUGGAUAAAAUCAUUGCUAAAUUUACGUCGAAUGGUCUUGAUAUAAAAGAUGUUGUAGUCCUCUCAGGUGCACAUACUAUAGGCUAUGCUCAAUGCUUCACAUUCAAGAGAAGGCUAUUUAACUUCAAAAGUUCUGGCAAGCCUGAUCCGACACUCGAUCCAUCACUACUGACAGAUUUGCAAGAAAAUUGUCCUAAUGUAGAUGGAUCAAACAACAAGCUGAAUCCACUAGACACUUCUACAACUGAAAUGUUCGAUAACACGUACUAUCAAAACCUUGUGAACAAUUAUGGUCUUCUGGAAUCUGAUCAGGCCUUAAUGGCAAACGAAGAGACUGCUGAAAUGGUGAAUGAAUAUAGUAUGUACCCUUAUCUGUUUGCAAGAGACUUUGCAGCAUCUAUGGUAAAACUCGGAAAUAUUGGAGUUAUUACAGGUCAAGAAGGACAGAUUAGGAAGAAGUGUGCUUCUGUUAACUAGGUCUUUGCUUGUACUGAUGAUGUGUUGGCCGUGAAACUUGUACAACAUUGGAGUUAUUGUGAAACCAUGGAUAUAUUGGCAAUAAAGUACUCGUUGGAUCU